AUGGCUAAUAAAAUCGACCAGGCAUCCACAAACUACAAGGAAGCGUUCUCGCUCUUCGAUCGCCGUGGCACUGGCCGUGUCGCUGGUGACCUCCUCGGUGACCUGCUCCGCGCUUGCGGGCAGAAUCCUACGCUGGCUGAGAUUAGCGACUUGGAGAAGUCCGUUGGCGGUGACUUUGAUUUCGACUCGUUCCUGAAAGUCCUCAACCGCCCUGGCGGUUUCCGUGAGCCCGGCGAGCCGGAGGAGUACUGUCGUGGAUUCCAGGUCUUUGAUAAGGAUAUGACUGGGUUUAUUGGUGUCGGACAGUUGCGAUACAUUCUCACAAAUCUUGGCGAGAAGAUGUCUGACGAUGAAGUCGAUGAGCUGCUCAAGGCUGUUGACACUAGCUCCGGCGAGAUUAACUACACGGAUCUUGUCCGUACUAUCCUCGCCAACUAA